AUUAGUGUUUGCUCAAUUUUUUUUAAAAAUAUUUCAAGUGUGUUGUCUUGAAAGUACUUUUGUCUUUUGAGGAAAAAUUAGCACUUAUUUUCUCCAAAACUUGGCCAAACACUCACUACUUUAAAAAAGAAGUGAGCACUUUGGUCUAUGAAAAGCUUGACCAACAUGCUAUAUAAUUGUAUUAAGCACCAUCAUUAACCGCAGAACGCAUUUCUUUUCUUCAUAGAAAAGCUUGCACGUAAAUAUAGCUCGAAGAAGAAAGAAAACAUGGUUGAUACAUUGACUGAAUUAUGCUCCAAACUUGCUGGACUGAUGUUCAUUUUGGGCACAAUUCAGCAACUUGUUCCCCAUUCAUUCUACAAACGCAUCAAAUCCUUAUGGCAUCGACUCGAAAAUUAUGUCAAUCCUUACGUCCAAAUAACCAUCGAUGAAUACUCCAACAAUAAAAGAAAUGAAGUCUACGCUCUUAUUAAAUUUUAUUUAGGUACCAAGUCCAAUAAGGAUGCAAAGUAUCUCAUAGCUGAAAUGUACAAGAAAAGCAAGUCUUUAGCUGUUAGCUUGGGCGACGGAGAAGAGGUUAUUGAUGAAUUUCAUGGUGUCAAGCUCAAGUGGAACUCUUACAAGGAAACAUUCCCUGAUAAUUCUCCAGGGGGCCGUUCCCAGCCUCCGAUUGAAAAGAAAUGUUACACCCUAACUUUCAAUAGGAAACAUCAAGACAUGGUCACUGGACAAUACUUGAAGCAUGUGAUGUUAGAAGGCAAGGCCAUUGAGUUCAAGAACCAGAAACAGAAGAUCUACUCCAACAACGACAGCGAGUACUGGUAUUGGUAUGGUAAAGGUAUGUGGAGGCACAUCAAUUUUGAGCAUCCUGCAACGUUUGAUACUCUGGCAAUGGACCCUAAGAAGAAGGAGGAGAUAAUCAAUGACCUCAUGGCUUUUACCAAGGGGAAGGACUAUUAUUCCAAGGUUGGCAAGGCGUGGAAGCGCGGCUAUCUUCUUUACGGUCCACCAGGAACUGGAAAAUCAACUAUGAUUGCAGCUAUUGCGAAUUUCUUGAACUAUGAUAUUUAUGAUCUUGAGCUCACCUCCGUUAAGGAUAACUCGGAGCUUAAGAAAUUGCUCAUGGAAACAACGAGCAAAUCCAUCAUUGUCAUUGAAGAUAUUGACUGUUCUAUCGAUCUCACAGGCAAGAGAAAGAAGAAAAAGAAGAAGGAAACGACAAACAAUGAGGAGGACGAAGAUUCAGACUCAUCUGCAGAGAAAGAGAGCUACAACAAGGAAUCAGGCAAACUAACACUUUCGGGGCUGCUGAAUUUCAUAGAUGGAAUAUGGUCAGCUUGUGGUCAGGAGAGAAUUAUUAUAUUUACAACUAAUCAUGUGGACAAACUUGAUCCAGCUCUGAUACGUCGAGGACGAAUGGAUUUACACAUUGAGAUGUCGUAUUGCAAAUACGAAGCAUUCAAAGUGUUGGCUAGGAAUUACUUGUGCAUUGAAACACAUCCUUUGUUUCAAGAGAUUCAACGUUUAUUAGAGGAAGUAGACGUGAGUCCUUGUGAUGUGGCCGAGAACUUGAUGCCCAAAAAUGCUUCGGGGAUGCCUGAGAUUUGCUUGGACAACUUAAUCCAAGUUCUGAACAAGUCCAAGAAAAAAGCGAGGUUGAGUUCCAAGAAAAAUAAAAAGUUCUCGACAAGAUUAUUCAAAACUUGUAGUCGUCUCAAAUUGAUGUUUGAAUGAUGUUUUUACGUUUAACUCUGAACUCUAGGCUUUUCCUUGUAUACAAUCAGGGCUAAUUCUGCGCAAAAAUAAGAUGUCGUUCCACUCUUUCCUUAUGUA